AUGACUAUUUCACAAAAUCAAGAAUUAUCUCAAUCAAAUGCAAUCAGUUCCGUAAAUAACUCAUCAAGUCUAAUUAUCAAUUGGAAUCAAAAUGAUGAAGUAAUAGAAAAUAAUAUAGGAAAAGCCUUUUAUUCAUAUCAAAAAACUGAAAAAGCUGCGAAACAUGGAUAUAUUGAAGAAGAACAAUUUAUACUUGCAAAUAUACUUGCUGAUUUGUAUUAUAAUUGUGAUGAAGGAACAGAAAAGUAUUUAGAACAAUCUUAUUAUUGGUAUAAAAAAGCAGCCGAAAAUGGAUAUAAUUUGGCACAAUAUAAACUUGCUAAUCUUUGUCCUCCAAGUGUUUCAAAAUUUUGCACAAGUGUCGGUGAUAUUUUUUCGAACGAUAUCAUCAACAAUACUUUACCUGACCUGAUGGCCACACGGGCAUCAGAUGGAGACCCUGCCCAGUUACG